GAUUGGUAGUCAGGCGCCCGUCUCUCUCCCGCUACCCUGGAGGCCGGCGGCCGCUGGCUUCUUUGCCACCGCCGCUGCCCGGCCCGGCAUGGCGGGUGGCAGGGCAGCCGGAACCGGAGGAGGAGGAGGAAGGGCGGCUGGGAGCCCCCUGGUGCUCUGGUUUUAUAGAUGAUCCAAAACCCAUAAGAAAAUGGGACUGCUGGUGUUCAUGCGUAAUGUGCUACUAGCCCUCUGUCUCUUUCUGGUGUUGGGAUUUCUCUAUUAUUCAGCUUGGAAACUGCAUCUUCUCCAAUGGGAGGAUUCAAAUUCAGUGGUUCUUUCCUCUGACUCCGCUGGACGUUCAAUAGGCUCAGGAAGGAGAAAAUCCACACCUCUUGUGCCUCUGUCAUCUCUCCCAUCACAUCUUGCUGCAGACCUGGGAACAGGCAAAGUUAAGAAAGAACCUGUCGUUAUUCCACGCCCAGUUAUUCCUACUCCAGCUGUUAAAGCAAUAGCAACCCCACCUGAACAGAGACAGCUUGGACACGGUCAUUCAUUAUCUGAAUAUGACAAACUGGGAUUUCUCCUGCAGCUGGAUUCAAAACUGCCUCCAGAGCUAGCAUCAAAGUACGCGAACAUCUCAGAAGGGGUUUGCAAGCCUGGGUAUGCAUCUGCACUUAUGACUUCCAUUUUCCCAAAGUUCUCCAAGUCAGCACCGAUGUUUCUGGAUGAUUCUUUCAAAAAGUGGGCAAGGAUCCGGGACUUUGUACCUCCUUUUGGAAUUAAAGGGCAAGAUAAUCUGAUCAAAGCCAUUCUGUCAGCAACCAAAGAUUACCGCCUUACUCCAGCCCUUGACAGUCUCAGUUGCCGACGAUGCAUUAUUGUGGGAAACGGUGGCAUUCUAGCAAACAAGUCACUGGGGGUGAAAAUUGAUGAUUAUGACAUUGUUAUCAGGUUGAACUCUGCUCCGGUGAAAGGCUUUGAAAAGGAUGUUGGUGGCAAGACAACAAUGAGGAUAACAUACCCGGAAGGGGCCAUCCAGAAACCAGAGCAGUAUGAGAAGGACUCUCUAUUUGUGUUAGCAGGAUUCAAGUGGCAGGAUUUCAAGUGGCUGAAGUACAUUGUUUACAAGGAAAAAGUGAGUGCCUCUGAUGGCUUUUGGAAGUCUGUGGCAACCCAUGUUCCAAGAGAGCCCCAUGAAAUUCGUAUCCUGAAUCCAUAUUUCAUCCAAGAGGCAGCUUUCAGCUUUAUUGGCCUUCCUUUUAACAAUGGUCUGAUGGGUAGAGGGAACAUUCCUACUCUGGGAAGUGUAGCAAUAACCAUGGUGCUUCACAAUUGUGAUGAGGUAGCUGUGGCUGGAUUUGGUUAUGACAUGAAUUCUCCAAAUGCACCACUGCAUUACUAUGAGACUAUCAAGAUGUCUGCCAUCAAAGAGUCAUGGACCCACAACAUCCAACGAGAAAAGGAGUUCCUACGGAAACUGGUGAAAGCCCGAGUAAUCACAGACCUCACUAGUGGAAUCUGAGGAGGCACAGCCACUUUGCUGAAGGGCACAGCCCCAUGCAGACAGCUGAGGACAAGGGCAACAAGAGGUCUUUGGCAAGAGUCCCAGCUUCUUAGAGACACACAGAGUGCCCUUAGAAAGUCUCCCUGGCUUGCUCUAUCUGCCUGUAUCAAAGCUGGCAAGGGAGCAGUGGCUAUUGGCCUGAGGGCCAGGUCCUUCAUAUGAAACUGUAGGUGGACAUGAUGUUUGAGAUGGAACCUCAUUGAGGAGAACAAAAAAAACAUAAGGCCGGGGAAAACAAAACAAACAUGUGCCAAAUGGAACAAGAGCCACGCCAGAGCAGCAGCGUCUUGAAUGUACGAUGCAUUAUUUUGUAUAAAGAGAGAUUGAGAAUCACAGAAAAUAUAUCAAUGUGCAAAAUGGAGCCUAGCCUGUACACGGGCCUCAUGGGACACCUGACACUUUGUUGCACUUAGCCUGUCUCUGUGCCAGCCGAGCCCCUUGGAGGGGUCUGGGUCCGUCCAAGACUUGUCCGUUGGUGCUGCUAUAAUUUAAAGGUAUUGUGGCCUCUCUUUGCCCUAGAAGGAGCAACCAAGGAGGCUACCGGAUCUUUCAGCUUCCUGUUUCUGGUGGAGCAGCUGUUGCUGCCAAUGUUCACCUGACAGAAUUUUUAGUCUUUGUUCAUGAAGCUCACCUCAUUUAGUUGGGGUAUCUCUACCUGUUUGGCAGGUUUGCUGCAGUUCCUGCUGAAAGAGACCCCAAUAUUUGUUUUCUGUGGCAUCCACAUAAUGGGUUUGAAGAGUCCAAGUGAUUGUUUUUUUGUUAGGAAGGGAAUAAUUUAUUUUUGGAUCAGGUAAGAAACAAAGAUUUGUCAGUGUUCGGCAGCUAAUGGUGCCAGCAGUGUUUCAGUCAUUCUGUUGUACUCUAGCUUAAGUUUCUACUAUCUUGAUAAUGUUUAAGCUCCUUUUGGGGACAGUAAUAGAAAUCACAGAGUUGACAUCUAAUUUUGGUUUUUGAUUUCUGUAUAUCAGGCGUUUUGUUUUGUUCACAUUUUCAAAUUCUUCUGUAUCCCUUUUAAGGAGACAAGAGUGUCUGUGUCUAUUACUCCUCUGUAUUAAUUCUCUGAUGCAGGUUUUGCACAAUUGUGUAACAUUUGGAAAGUUUAGAAAUAGGGCCAUUCUACACUGCCAUAUAAUCCAGAAUAUCAAGGCAGAUAAUCCACAUUAUCUGCUUUGAACUGGAUUAUCUGAGUCUACACUGCCAUACAAUCCAGUUCAAAGCAGAUAAUCUGGAUUGUAUAUAGCUGUGUAGAAGGGGCCAUAUAUUGUGCAAAGUGACCAAACAGUGGAGUGAAUAGGAUGAAAUGACUUAUCUAUGGAUCUGUGCACCUAAGAAGUAUUUUUUGAUUUUGUUAUUAAUUUAUCCUGUUGUAAAAUAUGCAUUUAUAAUUUUCAUUGAUAUUAGCCUAAAUGGUACAUAUAAAUGAAUUAACUAACAUUUACUUAUUUGAAGCGAGAAUUUGAACAAUUUCCUUCAUGCAAAGCUAAAGAAUACUCAUCCUGUUUGUAUCAAGGUUGCCAGCCUGCAUUUUACCUGCUCCACUCCCCCCAAUUGAAUACUGUCCAUGCAGACAUGCUAGCCACAUGACCUUGGAGGUGUCUCCGGACAAUGCUGGCUCUUUGGCUUAGAAAUGGAGAUGAGCACCAACCCCCAGAGUCAGACACUACUAGACUUAAUGUCAGGGGGAAAUCUUUACCUUUACCUACUGUUUAAAAAGACUCCGGUUCUGACGUACAAGGAGUAGCUCAUCAGUUGUUCCUUUCAUUCUUUUUAGUGGUACCCAGAAAUGUAAGACCAUAGUGCCACUGGUUAAUGGUAUAACAAUGCUUGGCUAUUUUUCUGUUGACCCUCUGUAAGGUACCAUCCCAAUCUGUAAGGGAAAGGUCCAGAAUGCUGGCAUUUUCCCUUUCCCCUGAACCAAACGACAUAAUCUGACAUAUUCUGUAUAAGAGGUGAGCUCAGCCUUGCAGUGCUUCACAAGUUUUCAGAUUUCGUUGUGUGUAUCAAAAUCAAUGGUGGAUCCUUAUGAGUGAGAAUAGCCAUUUUGCUCAUGAUCACGAUAGACCACAUAUGCCCCUUCUACACUGCCAUAUAAAAUCUGAAUCAUUGAUUUGAACUGGAUUAUAUGGCAGUGUAGACUCAUAUAACGCAGUUCAAAGCAAAUAAUGUGGAUUACUGGCUUUGAUAAUUUGAAUUAUAUGGCAGUGUGGAAGGGGCCUUAGUCUUUAAAGAGCCUAUCCAAUGAAGAAUAAUUAGGUAUGGUGUACAGUACUGAGUUUAUAACUGGCCUUUCUUUACAUGUUGCAUAAAUAAUUUAUGGAAUUUGCUGUCACAAGAUGUGGCAAUGCCUGCUAGAGAACAGAUGGUUAUAUGGAGAAAGUGGACACAUUUAGGGGGAAUAAGACAUUCAAAUGCAACUUUUUGAUCUCAGCAUUUGGGAAGCAACACCAGGAUUCGGCUAUUUACUUUGCUACCAGGGAAAGCAGAGUGCCUCACUUGAUGUACCUUUCAUCGGAUCCAGCAAGGGCUCUUCUUAUGUGCUUCAGGUAACGAAUUUGGCCUCAUGGAUUUAUUCCUGUCCUAUAUCCAUUCACUGUGUCAAAGAUAGACUUUCUGACUUGGCCUCCAGGGGGCAAGCAUGACAAUAGCAAGUGGUUGGUUUCAAAAGUGUAUAUUGGAAGUGAUGUACUGUUACUCCAGCUGUCUGUGUAGUCAAUGGUAUCACCUGGAUAAGUAUAUGCAUAUAUCUGCAUUGCACAUUUUAUAUGUUUAUGCAUUUAUUAGAAGGGAUAUGUUGGGUGAUAAGAGCACGGGUCUUAUUAGUUCAUCUGAUCAUCCACUAAAAAUAUUAUAUGGCUUCUGUAUUACAGAAGAAUCAUAUCUGUGGUUUAGCAACUCCCACUGAGUUACAGGUUGUUGCUGGACAGACAGGAGAGCUUAUAAAGAAAGAUAAGCCGAUAAAUCUCUAGAUGGAAGUGAAGUGGCACAGAAGCCAGCUGCCUGCAGCAGGAACUGUCUUCACUGUGUGUGGAGGAAUGCUGCGGAAGAGACACACUUCAAUGUGAUUGUCUAGCUCAUCCAGUUUAUUUAAGGCACCCUGUACUAAGUUAGCCAAAUGCAUAACAGGACUGGGUUGCUGCAUUCUUAAUAGCUGUGUAGAGGAGGGAUUUCCACCUUGUGUGAUCAAGCAAGAUAGCCCUGCUGAAAUUCCUUGUUCUAUAUAGCUGUUAAUAAAUACAGGAAUCCUGUCCUCUAGACUUUGUUGUACAUCCUAACUCCUUUCAAACCACGUUCUAUGUGGAAUAGACAGACAGUGUGACUUACAGGAAAGAAGCCCUUGACCAGGUCAAAAACAAUGUACCUUUCCUUCUAAGACAAUCCCCUUUGUGCAUUGAUGCUGCCUUUCCCCACAUUGGUACAAAAUAACAUCCUGAAUAUGUUGGUACUAAAUAAUGUUUGUGGUCAAGGAUGUUAGAUUAACAUUUAAAUAAGAGAGUAAUGGAUGAGAGUUUAGAUCAGCUGCCUAGUUAAGGACACGUAAUUAAGUCUUCUGGUGGAACCCACCAAACCCCUGUCUUUCUGGCCAGCAGCUACUGCAAGGAACACCAGCCUGUUCUUUUGCUUAUUGAGAUGCUAUAGACUGGUAGUUUUCAACCUGUGGGCUGCAGUCUAUCAGUGGGCCACAAGAAUAAAAGUCUGGUCCAUGAACCUCCUUCCUUUUUAUUUAAUGUAUUUUAUUUAUUUUGUUUCCUCUCCUUUCUGCAGAGCUAACCAUUGCAUUGGAUAAACCACAUCAGCUCUAGAUGAUUAAAUAUGGUUUUCUGUGGGGGAACAGAUAGCGACUACUGGAUGGCAUAUGUUCUGUAUCAGAAACUAGAGCUGAUGUGGUCUAAACAAUGCAGUUUUCUGAAUCAGAACCCCAAUUAACCAAACCGAAUAUAAAGUUGACCAAAAACUGAUUCAUAACCCAUUUGGUACUCAUGUUGAAAAGUGGUCCCAGGUCAAGUGGUCCCUGGUCAAAGUGGACCCUGGUCAAAGUGGACCCUGGUCAAGUGGGCCCUGGUCAAAAAAAGGUUGGGAACCACUGCUAUAAGCCGGUGCUUCUAUUCUCCCUCCUGCCAGCAAUCUCCAGUGUGACAAUCAGAAGCAAGGUGUCAGUCAUAAUUUCUCUCUUUUCUGCCAAUUUGUGUAACAGAAGCUCUGUGAUCUUAAUGUAGUUGGUAUUCAGCUGUCUUUCAGUGCAUACCUUUUCCAGUCCAUUAGUCAUGCACCUUACUAGGGCAUUAGGAAAAGACAGGUAUUUAUUAAGAAAGGAUGCUCUCCAGAGUAUCCCUUCCUCUGCUAAGGUGCUUUCUCUAGCAGAGAAGAAAAACAAUCAUUGUUCAUUUGCAAAUGUUAAUUCCAUUGUCUGAGUGCAAAAGGUGAAACUGGGUGUGCUGCGGCUAGGACAUAGUCACCAUCUUUACCUUCCUAAAAGAGGCAGGACUUCCUGCUAGUACGCCAGUUAAACCUUUUGCCUCAGGGUUAGAGGGAAACCAAUCAAUUGUACUUAAUUAUGCAUUACAAAUUAUGUGAAACUGACCCUUAUUGUUCUAAAUUGAGUAGUGCUAUCACUCUGAUAAAGAAAUCUUGGUGAUUGUAAUCAUAUGACUAUUAAUUACUUGAUCAUAUUUGCAUAUACAGUAGAGUCUCACUUAUCCAACAUAAACGGGCCGGCAGAAUGUUGGAUAAGCGAAUAUGUUGGAUAAUAAGGAGGGAUUAAGGAAAAGCCUAUUAAACAUCAAAUUAGGUUAUGAUAUUACAAAUUAAGCACCAAAACAUCAUGUUUUACAACAAAUUUGACAGAAAAAGUAGUUCAGUACGCAGUAAUGCUAUGUAGUAAUUACUGUAUUUACGAAUUUAGCACCAAAAUAUCACGGUGUAUUGAAAACAUUGACUACAAAAAUGCGUUGGAUAAUCCAGAACGUUGGAUAAGCAAGUGUUGGAUAAGUGAGACUCUACUGUAAAUAAGUUCUGAUGCAAAAAAAUAUUUCUUUUGGUUUCUGGUGACCAUCUGUGAUUUUUAAAAAAGACAUACUCUUUUAUUUGAUAAAAUAGAGUAUCUCUAUCAAGAUAUUUGCAAUUUCCAGUUUGUGUAAGUGCUAGUGUUAAAAGAAACACUUUUAAAAAAUCUUUUGCAUCACUUUCUUAGUUAAUGAAACAUCGCAUUAUUAGUCCCAAACUCUAGUCCUUCAGAUGUACUGAACAUCAAGCCCUAGAAGCCUCAGCUGCCAAUGAUCAGCAAUUCUGAGGGCUGAAGUUCAAAAUACCUGGAAGACCCGAAUAUGAAAAUCACAAUCUUAUGUACAAUCCUAUACAGAUGGGGAUCUGGAAUUUGGAAACAGGAGUUUGCCCAGGACAACCCAGUUAUACAUUGGGAUCGUGAAGGUGCUGCAGAAGCAAUAAACAUUAUGUGUUUAUCCUGUUCCUGCUACUCCUUGCCUUCACCUUUCUUGGAAGACCUUUAGAGUUUGUGGCGGCUUCCUCUAGAGCAGUGGCUCCCGACCUUUGGUGCUCCAGGUGUUUUGGACUUCAGCUCCCAGAAAUCAUUUUACCAGCCGGUAGGAAUUGUAAAAGCUGAAGUCCAAAACACCUGGAGGAAUAAAUGUUGGAAACCACUGCUCUAGAAAUCACUGCUGUAUAUUGACUGGGAUCUCAACACAGUUGCCUUCAAGCACUUUCUGCAGAAAUUCUGUGAAUCCAGACAUUGGCCACAAUUAUGUUGGUGCCUUACUCUGGUGUAAAUAUCAUUGCUUGAGCAAUUGUGCUUUUAAGUAUGCUGCGCAAGGGCAGUAUCCUAAUUGGGGUUGCCUAAGCACCGUUAUUAUGGUGUAACCAUUGUACUAUCAGUUGCAUAACAAUGCAAUUCAAUAACUUCAACAUAGUGAUACUGACGUAAUUCUGUGAUAUAUAACAUUGAACAGGUUCUAAGCCUAAGCAUGUGACAAUUCCUACAUUUAAUGCCAGUACAAUUCUGUGACUGUUUCAUCAAUAUCAAAUCUUCACUUUGCCGGUUAUUUUGUAUGCUUCAUUGAGAAUAUGGCAAUUUUUCCCCAGCAUAACAUUUUUUCUGCAGCUCUUAGACAGGAUGAGAUGUUUCUCUGAGCCCACUGAUCCUCAGUAAGAGAUGCUUGUUUGUGCUUACUUAUUGUCUGUGAACACUGUCUUAUAUCAUCGAAGGAGUGCAGAGUAUUACAAGGAGUACUGGGCCUUUGCUGGCACAAUUUGCAGAGGGACUGAACCAGAUUGCGUUCAGUGGAGAAGGGCCCCAUUCUGCUAAUGUAUUUGGGAAGAAGUAAUAGGCCAUGCAGACUUUAUUCAAUAAUGUAGUUUCUGUUGUUUGGACUUUCCUUGUAGUUAGGGAAGAGAAAAUGGGAUGUCUAAACCUCCAAGUCACUUGUGACAUUCAUAUCAUGGAAGCAAUAAAAAUAAAAAAAACAUUUAAAAAUA